UUGAGGGAUGUAUCUGUGUAUUAUCCAGUAAGGUUCGGGUCGAACGGGGCUCUCCAGGUGAAGACAAACAGCGCUGGUAGUUUCCUCCCUGUAUGUUACAGUGGCUGGAACAAGGGCCUGGCUGACCAGACCUGUGCACAACUAGGCUUCAGAGCGAGUCAUAGCACUAGCAGUGUGAAAGAUGGGUCCUCUACCACUCUCACUGUGACAGGGCAGACCUGCAACACCAUCCAGGGAAAGGUGUCAGUAAAUAGCUCAUCUUGCCUCAACAAGGACACUGUAUCCCUGCAGUGUAUCAACUGUGGCCGGCAGCAGUCGUCCAGAAUCAUAGGGGGCUCUGCAGCGAAUCUGGGCGAUUGGCCUUGGCAGGUCAGCCUCCACUUUCGGGGUUUUCACACCUGCGGAGGCACCCUGGUGGCUCCUGACUUUGUGGUGACAGCAGCCCACUGCUUCCCCAGGAAAGACUCAUCGUACCUGGUGCCCAAUAACUGGCGUUUGUACAUGGGCAUGGUUUCUCAGACGAUGCUGCCUGUCCCUGAGAUGGUGGAGAAGAUCAUUGUCCAUGAGAGCUAUGAUGAUAACACCAACAACUAUGACAUUGCCCUGCUUAAACUCACACAUUACGUAGACUACUCCAACAGCAUCCAGCCUGUGUGCCUGCCUGCCUAUGACAAGACCGUCUCCCCUGGGACAAAAUGCUGGACCUCUGGAUUUGGGACAACAGACGGGACAGCCCGUGGAUCCACAAGUCUUAUGGAGGUGACUGUGGACAUCAUUGACUCCAGUGUAUGUAACAGAAACACAGUCUACAAUGGCCAGGUCUCUCAAGACAUGUUGUGUGCUGGAGAUAUGAAGGGAAGCAAGGACUCCUGCCAGAGGGACAGUGGAGGUCCUCUGGUGUGUAAGGACUCAGACCAGCGCUGGUACCUGAUGGGGGUGACCAGCUGGGGGGUAGGCUGUGGCAGGAGGAACAUGCCGGGGGUCUACAGUCAUGUCAGCCGCCUGUUGCCCUGGGUCUACAGUAAGAUGCAGCAAGCAAGACCGUGAUAUGAUCACAGCUGCUCUCAUCCAGGGAUGCUCAGCAUGUCUUUUGGACCUGACAAUGAGACUGGUGUGAACCCUACAACACUGGCAGGGAAUGGAAGGCUUGCAAGAAAGGUUUUUAUAUGUGAUCUGCUGUCAUUGGACUGCUGUCAUCUUAACGUGCGUUGGAUCAUUGUUUCCCUGAAACAGUAUUGAGCAUAUCUAUAUUUGUGACAUAUUUUAUGAAGAAUGUCUUUUACUCACACUGCAACCUCUUAUGAAGCUAUAAACCUGUCUCAGGAUAUACUCCAGGUCCACAUGGACCUUACUGAUGCUACAGUGAACUACACUUGCUGUUUUCUAUGGCUGAGAGUUGUGAAACGGAAGAAAAUUUAUCAGGAAGAUUUUUCUAAUCACUUUAACGUAACACUAAUUACCUUUUUGGCACUGAUGAUUCCUUGAUUGUUUGUUGAUUGUUUCAACUUGUGUACCCUUUUUGGUGUGAUGUGUGUGAAUUAUCGAUUCUGCUUUUCCAUGUCUAUCACUGUGUGUCAAUUGGAAUUAUAAUUUAUUUAGUCAUUA